AUGACCAAAGCUUCCUUCAGCUGCAUGUUAUGGCUUUCCAUAAUCAUGGCCAUUAAUGCAUCAGACCCAGAUCCUCUGCAGGAUUUCUGUGUGGCUGAUAUUACUCAAGCUAAUGUGAAGGUCAACGGUUUUGUCUGCAAAGACCCAAAGGCAGUGAAUGCAUCAGAUUUCUUGUUCAGGGGACUAGGUAAUCCACUCUUAACCAACAAUACUUUUGGUUUCAAUAUCACACAAGGUAACGUUCAAACUUUGCCAGGAUUAAACACUCUGGACAUAUCAAUGAACCAUGGAGUUUUUGCCCCUGGUGGUUUGAAUCCUCCUCAUAUCCAUCCUCGCGCUUCUGAGAUCAUAUUUGUAAUGGAGGGCACUCUUUUGGUCGGUUUUAUCAGCACAAGUAAUGUGUUGUUCUCACAAAAGUUGGAGAAAGGAGAUGCAUUUGUGAUUCCAAGGGGCUUAGUACAUUUUCAGCAGAAUGUGGGGACCUCAUAUACCACUACAAUUACUUCUCUUAACAGCUAG